AUGAGUCCGUAUUUCACCAACAGCAGCAACACCUUACCGGCGUAUCUCAGCGGCACCGGCCCCAGCCCCCACCACGAGCAGUACAACGGCGAAGUACUGCAGCAUCACAUGCUGGGCAGCUGCCACGAGAACGGACGAGGCCCGCCGAUCGGCCCACCGCAGCUGCUCUCCUACUCGCCCCACCAGCACGCCCACCACCACCACCACCAGUCGAUUCACUACGGCCACCAGCAUCCGCAUCCGCAGUACCCUCGCUUUCCACCCUACGACCGUCUGCCUGAGCAGCACAGCAACUCGGGCAAGCCGCCCCAGCCGCAGCCGCAGCCGCCGCAGCAGGGGCAGGCACAGGGCCAGCACUGCGGCCCAGUGGCGGACGGCGGUGUGGUGGUGAGCCACAGCGGAGAGACUAGUCCAUAUUACAGCAACUGCGCCGGCAGUGCGCCCCCGCCUCCCAGUCAAGUCGGGGUGCCCUCCGGACAGCAGCAGGCGCAGCAACAGCAGCAGCAGCCACUGGUGCCGCUGGCUGGGCAGACUGCCUCGCAGUACGAGCCCUGCUCUGGCCGCGGCUCCAUAACACCUCCCUCGCUGGACGGCAGCAACGGCCCCGUCGGAGGGCAGUACGGCAGCUGCAAAAUGCAACCAAUGCUCGCUCACACUGACAGCAUGCCGCCGAUCGGCCACAACUCGCCCUCGCCGAUCCACGGUCAGCACCAACUCUACGGAAGCGGCCCCGUCGGAAGUCCGUCGCAAAAUUCCAACUCUGCCAUCUCAUCGCCACUCUACCCCUGGAUGCGAUCACAGUUUG